UCUGCGCUGGUUUCUCAGUUUGUUGUGGUCCGGUCAAUGUCGGAUGGAUUUCCCGGUAAACGGAGGCCGUUGACGUUUUAAUCCGUGAAGCGGGACGGGCGGACGGGCCUCGGCUCAUGGUGUAGCCCGGUGCGGACGCCGGGGGUUUGAACCGGGGGAAGCCGCUCCUGUUCCGGCGGGAUGAGCUCCGCGGUGCCGCUGCACACCCAGCUGGCCACCGUCAUGGAGUCACUGGUCCACGCAGCGGUGGCCGAGCUCCGGAAGCUGGUGGAGGACAGCUGGGCCCUGCGGCUCUGCAUGGACGAGGAGACCCGGACCGGGACCGGGGACGGAGCUGAGGCCGGAGAGGAGCUGCCGAAGCCGGCCACGGUGAAGACCGAGAGCCGGGCGAGGAUGGUAGGAGCACGGACACCCAGGAGGACCCAGAGUACUAGUACUACUACUGGUACUAGUACUACUACUAAUACUAGUGUGGUGUUCGCCUCCAUCAUGGAGACUCUGGGGAACGAGGCUCUGGGGAAGAUCCUGAACAUCGUGGACGAGGUGCGAGAGCUGCAGGACGUGGAGGCGGGAAAAGGCGCGAAGAAAAACCAGACCAGCGUCCUCAACGUCCUCAGCAGUGCACGAGUCGAGGUGGAGCAUUCGUACGGAGUCCCGCCGCAGAACCCCGACACCGACACGCCCGCUAAGUCGGCCAAAUCAGAGGAGGAGGCUGUGGACGCGCCGUUUGUGAUGGCGGUGACGGUGAAAGACGAACGUGGAAAUAUCGACCUGGGCGCCAUUUCAGAGAGAGCCAGAAUCGAAGCCUCUCAGUCUUCGACCCCUGACCCCGACACCCCCCUGGUCAUCUCCGACCCGCCGGAGUUCGUCCUUCAGAGCGUCACGUGGAAGUACUUCAAGUGUACGACCUGCGGGAAGUCCUUCACGUCUCAGAGUAACCUUCGCGCUCAUCACCGCGUCCACACGGGCGAGAAGCCGUUCAGCUGCAGCGUCUGCGGCCGCGACUUCCGCCAGCGCCAGAGCCUGCAGGGUCACAUGAGGACGCACACCGGCGAGCGCCCGUACGCCUGCGCCGAGUGCGGGAAGAGCUUCUCCAAACAGGACCAGCUGAAGACGCACGCCGUCGUCCACACCGGGGAGAAACCGUACGGCUGCGAGGUCUGCGGCCGCCGCUUCAACGUCCUGCAGAACCUGCACCGCCACCGCCACACCCACACCGGCAGGAAGAUCUACAUCUGCGGCGUCUGCGGGAAGGGCUUCACCAGGUCCAUCACACUCAAAAACCACGAGCUCAUCCACAGCGGACUGAAGCCGUUCAAGUGUGAGCAGUGUCCGGAGGUAUUCCGUCACGCCGUCAACCUGCGGAACCACCAGCGCAUCCACAGCGGCGCUCGGCCGUUCGCCUGCGACGUCUGCGGGAAAACCUUCCGCCAGUCGGGGAACCUGAAGAUCCACCGGCGGAUCCACACGGGCGAGCGUCCGUUCAGCUGCGAGCAGUGCGGGAAGGCCUUCAGCCAACAGGGCAGCCUCAUCUCUCACCGCCGCACGCACUCGGCCGAGCGACCGUUCGCCUGCACGCUCUGCGACAAGACCUUCAACAACAGCAACAGCCUGAAGCUGCACCUGCGCAUCCACACGGGGGAGAAACCCUACCACUGCGACGUCUGCGGGAAGACGUUCAGCCAGGGCAGCCACCUGCGCACGCACAAGAGGCACGUGCACGCCGGCGGCAAACAGUUCAUCUGCGACAAAUGCGGAAAGAGAUACUCGGACCAACGCAACCUGAAACUGCACAAGUGCUUCUAUGCCUGAGAGUUUCAGCCAAUGAGAGGACACAUGAAUGUUCAGGUUUUUUUUAUCGAAAUAGUCCAAAGGGCUGACAGAACACAGACCUGUUUAACCAAUCAGAGCUGGAUGUGGGCGGAGUCUUUCCCCUCCCACCCUGUAUUUGAAGUCAGGCAGUAUUUAUAUUUGACUUUGAGUUCAUUCAAAGUGUGUACUAAUACACAGAGUAUGUACUAAUACACAAAGUGUGUACUAAUACACAGAGUAAUAUGUGUUCCAGUGUGAAGAAGGUUUGUCAUAAACGUAGCAUCAGGGCUUUAAAUCUGUCAAAUAACACCUGAAAUAUUUGAUUUAUAAAUGUAAUUCAGAAAAAAAGCUGCAUUUAAAUUUACAAUAACUGAAAUUAAGACUAUCCGAUACUUCAUUGAGCUCAACAUUUUCCCAGUCACAAAUUAAUCAAACAUGACAUUCAACCACUAAAACUCAUUUUUCUGUUCAGGAAUUUAAGUAAAUAAUAAUAAGUUGACAUUUAUUCAAGAAAUGAUAAUGUGAUUUAUUAUUUUGUCUUGUUCAUUUUUUUUUGGUGAAACAGUAAAUUUGAAAAUUCAUGGGUAGCACUAAUACUUACUUUUAAUCAUUAAAAAUAUCAUUUCUGUUUAAGGGUUUCUACCCACUGGUGUAUUAACUGUUACAGAAACAUACAAUAGAUUUGACUAAUUACCAGUGAUGUUAAUUUAAGGCGGCGGUGGUUUAAACUUUAUACUGGGCGGCGGAUUAAAACAUUUGUUGUGAGCGAAAUAAUUUGACAAAAGAUACAAGAAAUGUUUGUUUUAUAGGUUUAAUCCAGUAACACGACCAAAGAACCUCUGAUGUUUUAAAAAUAACAUGAACUAACCAUCAACUUGUCUGAGGGAUUAUUGUGUUGGAAUUUUUAUAGAAAAGACAGAAUUAGUAGGAAAGCUGUACACACACACACACACACACACACACACACACACAUAUGCUGUAUUUGACAUGUUAUAACUGGAACACAGAAUCUGUUUAUGACGGCACAUUAGAAGUGAUUUAGG